AUGUUUUGCGUUCACUCAGUGGAAGGACUCCUUUCCUCUUUUCCUCCACUUCUGAUUCAAACGAACUCGAGUGCUCUGAGGAAUGAUCCUCGCGGUGUCUCUCUGAAGGAAGAUUUUCUUCUCUGUCACGUCUCGUGGCACUCCUGUCCACAGGAAUCAUCUCAUCGCUACCUGGUUCCACAGCCAAUAGAGGCAUUCGUCAUUUCUCAUCAAGCAACCAAGAGAAGGCACCCGAUUCAACCACACAGUUUUAAGCCAAGUCGAAUCACCAGAUUUGGGUCCAGGUCCCAUCCCAGGAGUGAGAAGCAAAUGCCAGAUCCCGAGCCAGACGCCACUGUGCUCGCGUGCUGUUGGCCAGAGGCAACCCAGUCUUUCCCCGAGUUCCCUUCUCUUCUAGCGAACUGGUUCGACUGA